AUGGACGACGAUAUUUGCCAAGACGAUAAAUGGUUUGAACAGGCCUUUACAUACAUGAACCAGCACGACAUUCCAUUACCAAACGAUAAAAAGCUACACUUUUAUGGCCUUUUUAAACAAGCUACGAUUGGUGAUUGCAAUAUCGACAAACCUGGAUUGUUUGACUUUGUUGCUCGUGCUAAAUACGACGCAUGGCAGAGUUUCAAGGGGCUCAGUUUCAGAGAAGCUAGAAACAUGUAUAUUGAUGGUGUAGAAGAGCUGAAGGUAGGCUGGUCACGUCAAGGCGAGUACGAGUAUAUACCCUCUGCUGAGGAUAUCAAGAAAGGAGAAGGCCUUGCUAGCAAUGCAGUGAGUUCAAUGGCAGUAGAGGAAGAUGACGGAUUAGAAUCUGAGGACAUUUUUGGAUAUACAAGAUUGAGUGAUUUAAAAAAAUUAACCACGGCAUUAAAGGCACAUCCAGAGCUAAUAGACACCAAGGAAGAUGGACUAACAGCUCUCCAUAUUGCUGCUGAUCGUGGUUAUUUGGAUAUAGUACAAGCAUUGGUCAAGGCAGGUGCUGACAUCAAUAUCAAGACAGACGAUGAAGACACAGCGCUUCAUUUAGCUUGUAUAUCAGACCAACUCGAAACAGCCAAAUUCUUGAUCUCUAGUGGCUGCGACAAGGCUUUACUUGAUUCAGAGGGCAAAACAGCAUUUGAACAAGCAGAACCCGAAUUUAUUCAACAACUGUUAGCAUAA